AUGUCCCUCGCGACCGACCAGCAGCCGAGCCAUAGCUCGGUGCUGCACGCAACGCUUGCGGCCAACCCGCCCAAGAUUGUCGGCGCCCAAGGCCAUUACUUCAAGACCGCGGACGGCCAUUCCAUCUUCGAUGCCUCUGGUGGAGCCGCGGUGUCGUGCAUAGGUCAUGGCAAUCCCCGAGUCAAACGGGCGAUCAAGGAUCAAUUGGAUCGCGUGGAGUAUUGCUUCUCUCCCUGGUUUGCCACCGAUGCAUAUGAGAAGCUGGCCACGUUCCUGACCGACUCCACCCAUGGCGAGAUGGAAAAGGUGUUUAUCUGCGGUUCGGGGGCGGAAGCAAUCGAGGCAGCGCUGAAGAUGGCCCGCCAGUAUUUCCUCGAGCUGCCAGAGCCCCAGCCGCAACGCACACGCUUCAUUGCCCGGGAUCGAUCCUACCAUGGCAAUACCCUUGGCUCGCUUGCCUUGUCCGGACAUGCGGCCAGAAGGAAACCAUACGCUCCGAUUCUUUCCAAUCAAAUGACCCACGUCUCGCCUUGUUAUACUUAUCGAUAUCUUGGAGAUAAUGAAACCGAGGAAGCAUACGUACAGAGACUCGCCAAUGAACUUGAAGAGGAGUUCCAACGAGUUGGGCCGGAUACGGUGGCUGCGUUUUGCGCAGAGACGCUUGGAGAUUGUCUGCAGACGCUCGGCGGAGUUCCUGCUGUGCCCGGUUACCUCAAGGCGAUGAAAGAGGUGUGCGACAGGCACGGGGCUCUUUUCAUUCUUGAUGAGGUUUUUGCGGGGAUGGGCCGUACUGGCACUCUGCAUGCAUGGGAGCAGGAGGGUGUCGUUCCACAUUUACAAACAGUUGCCAAAGGAUUGGGAGCCGGUUACAUGCCCAUUGGGGCGCUUCUAAUCAGCAAGCAGGUGGUCGAUACAUUCUCCAAAGGCACCGGCGCUUUUGUACAUUUCCAAACUUAUCACGGCCACCCGGUGGCUUGCGCAGCGGCCCUGGCAGUGCAGGAGGUGAUUCGAGAUGAAGGGCUGAUUGAGAAUUGCCAGAAGAUGGGCAAGUACCUGUCUAAGGCUCUUCGCAAUCGUCUUGAAGGUCAUAAGAACGUGGGUGAUAUUCGAGGAAGGGGUCUUGUUUGGGGAAUUGAGCUCGUCAAAGACAAGGCGACCAAGGAGCCCUUCCCAGUGGCAGACAAGAUUGCUCCCACCAUCCAUGCCAACGGCCUGCGACCGGAGUUUGGCAUCUCGCUCAUUCCUGGCGGAGGGGUGGCAGACGGAACGAACGGCGAUCUCAUUGUCGUCUCGCCGGCGUACAAUAUCUCAAUCGCGGACGCCGAUUUGAUUGUCGAUCGGGCUGCGCGGGCGAUUGAGAGUGUGCUGGGUCCGGUAAAAGAGUCGAAGCUGUAG